AUGAGUUCAUCUACUCGCGCGCAGCUUCUUGCGCAAGUCAGCCAGGCUUUGCAGACAGCCAGGAUCGAUCCAGUCAGAGAGAGAGUCACAGCCACUCUUCUCGCUUGCGUCGAUGUGCUCAGCCUGGCUCAGUCCACGAAUAGACCCGAGGAGGCCAGCACAAGCGAGCAUCACUGGUUCUGUCAUCGCGCAAAGCAAGACGGGACCUAUGAGCCUGCCAUCUAUUCGCUACAGCUGCUCGCCUACAAAGCUAGCAAUCCACGCGUACAGCAGCACAGAGAUCUCCUGAGCGGCGUGCUCGACUCGUGCACAGAUUGCAUAAAGGCCUAUCAGACUGCCAAGCAAGAUGUGAUCGAUAGAUAUCUGUCAAUUGGCGAAAAUGAGGCAGCGAUCAAACGGUUCAGCGCAGGCAUGGCAGACAAGGAAAGAACGCUCAUUUUGCAGGAACUCGAGACCUUGCGCUGGAUCGCGCCCUCGAGUCCUAGCUCGAGCUCCGUCGCGCCCAGAGCACUUCCCACAGGCUUGUACUACCGCAUAUUCUGCUUUCCAGCUGCCUACCGGAAUCCGAUCAUCAGAUCGGCGAUGUCAGAACAGACACAUGUUGCCCUACUGAGCUCGGUGCGCAGCAAGACGCUUCUGCCGGGUCACAUACACUUUGCCUCGCGCGAUUUACCAGAUCUGAGCGAAUGGUGCUCUCGCAUGAUUUCUCGGUCUGCUAUCAAAACAGACGAAGACUAUGUGACCAUAGAGACAGAAGUCAGGAGCUUGCUGGUAACAAUCUCAGACCAGCAGCAUGCGAUCGAGAACGAUAUGUCACGAUCACCAGCGCCGAGUGAAAAGACGCCCCUGUGGACAGUACUGGGCGCAGUACUCUCUAGAUGCUCCGGGGAAAUCAUUCAAGCUCAUCUUCUGCCGGCUUCAGCUGCCCAAGCGGCGGCCUUGCGGACGGAUAUCGUCAGAUUUGUCUCGAGUCACAUAAGCAGCUCAGACGACUCUUUCGCGACAAUACUAUCAGUCUGGACGCAACUGCUCAUCAAACUCGCUAAUGAGAUGUGGCGCGACAAGGCAUACCUGACUGUCUCGCUGUCCGAUCUACUGGACAAUCCAGCCUACAAAGCACUGCUCGCCAAAGAAGCAGAAGACGAAGCUGCGUUCACAAGUGAGAAUCGACCUUACCGUGCCUGGAUAAUGCCCCUGCUCAUCUCCAUCGCGCAAUCGAAGACUGCCUUCGUCGAUGGCUGCUCGCUCCUCAUCACAACCUUUUUCGAUCAUUUUCAGCGCGAGCAUCUCAAUGCGCGGACUCGCAACCUUGCGCUUCUGCGUCUCGUUCAGCCCCUGCUCUACGUCCUGACAUCAUCAGCAGAGGAUUGGCCAUACCGUGCGGAGCUCAUCGAUCUCAUCGAUACACGUGCUCGCGUACUUGUCAAUGCUGGCUUUGCUCGCAGCAGUCACCUCGCUGCCGGUCGUGACUCCCUCACCAAGCCAGUCAGGGCAUUCAUCGCGUGCAUCCUCGACGAUGACUGCCAGAGGAUAUGCAGACGCUUGACCGCCCUCGCAGACUGGAAACGCGAGAACAAGCGAAUACGAGAUGCAUCUGUAACACAGGAGCAGAUCGAUUGGAUCGCUCGCUCUUCGCAGGCUCGCAUCUGUUCCGGCCUAUGGAAGGCGACUUACGAUAUCGUCAAUCCGAGCCAUGACAUACUAGCCAUCGUGCCACUGCUAUCGUGCAUUAGCACGCUUGCGCCUUUCGAGAUGCUAUCCGGUCCCGUCUGGGUCUUCGGUCAGCAUAACGAUCUCAAGCCGGUGUUGAAACGCCUCAACAGCCUACUCACCGAGACAAGAGCUCCUAUGCGCGAUCUUCUGCUGGACAUCCAGGCAACGGAGCAGGAUCACAUUCUGGCCCUUCUCAAGGACAGAGAAGCUCUUACUGCGAUCGUCCGCCUGAUGCUCUCGCCUGAAGACGAUCUGCACAAUCCAGCUCAAGCUGUCGUCAAGACUGCAUACGAUGCUGUCACGAGAGCAGAUUGCUUUCGUGCGCUCCUGCACAAUUAUCCGAGCGAGACCUUGUCUGCCCUCACACAAGCAACGGAAACGUUUGCGGAUCACGCGCAGCGUUUCCCUGAUCUUUGUGCAGCGUCAAAGCGUCUGGUCCGGUGUUACACUGAUGUAGUUGAAGCGCUCUGCGAUCAGGAGGACGGCUUGGUGCGGGACGAAGCAUGGAUUACCAGACCGGACUGUACCAACGUCGAGCAGCUUCUGACGUUCUGGCCGCUCAUGUGUCAUGCAUUAGCUGUCAUUUUCGAUCACACGCCAACCUGGGCACCCAAUCAUACGAACGAGCAGAUGACAGACUGGAUGCGCGACGCUAUCAUAUUCGGACAGCGGCUGGUCGACCAGUGUCGCUUGCUAUCCUCUGUCUCGAGUCGACAUGGCUCUUCUGCGCAGGCCGAGCAAGGCCGUGUCAAGUUGACCGAAUCUCUCAACGAGCCCUUGGAAGCCUUACUGGCCUGGAUGCGUCUCAACGAUAUCGUCUUGCUCGCGAGCACUGCGAGACUCACGCAGGCCAUGAUCUCUCGCCUCUCCGGGCAACGCAUAAGGCUUACUGACCGCGUUCUCCACCGCGUCCGCAAGCUCGCAAAGAGUUUGGAAGAGGACCCUGCGAAGAAUAAGCUGCUGCUCAAUCAGGACCAACAACGCGAUAUUGUUCAGGCAGUAUCGAUGCACCCACUUUACGCUGCUGAGUUCUCCGAUUAUGUCGAGCCCGGCUUCGAAGAGAUUCUUGCGCCUCCUAAAGCGGCAGUACAGCGCAGCGUGCCGCUACUCAAGCCCAGAUCAACUACGGAGCCCGCAAGUGCGCCUUUGCAUCCUGCUUUGAGCUUGCAGAACGGCAAGCUCGUUGCCGGAAAGCCGAUACCGAGUAUGCUGCCCAAGCCGAGGCCACUGCCUUCAGCAAAUAUCGUUCAGAAACCGAUCGUGCCCAAAGGACCGCGCCUCAAGUAUUCGCACAAGGAUGCUGCUGCCGAACGCGAGCGACGGCAGGCAGGUCUACUGGCUGAUGAUUCGAGCUCGAGCGAUACUGAAACGCGCGGCAUCGAUAUCUUGUUGGGUAACAAGAAGCCCAUCAUCCGUCAGGCCGAAAAGGCGCAAGGCGUCAAGCUUCUUCCACAGCAUCAAGUGCCAGGUCUCGAGCGCUUGGCGGUGGAAGCUGCUAGACAGGCUGACAGGCGACAGAAUCUUGCACGGAUGCGUCAGCAGGUCGAUACAGAUCCACUCUUCCGCAGCAUCUUGCAAUGGGACAGCUUCAGUGAUGGACAAACGCCGGACAAUGCCGGGAUCAAACCACAGAAGAUCAUCGAUCGCUUCAGCAGUGUUGCUCACUACCAAGCGGUCAUGCAGCCGCUGCUACUCAUCGAAUGCUGGCAGCAGCUUGUCAAUGCUAAGCGCGAAGCACACGAGAACGGAACGCCGAUCAUGGCUUGCAGCAUCGUCUCUCGCAUGUCGAUCGAUGACUUUCUCGAAGUUACCUGCAGCUUUCCUGGUGGCAGCGUGCCUCAUAAUGUCUACUUUGUCGACACCGAGAUUGUUCUCAUGCGAUGUAUGCAUGAUGAGCUAGCGCAAUGCUUUGCAAAAGUGGUCAGCACCAAACGUCAAGGUGCAGCCCUCAAUGUGACCUUUCGGUGUUCACCACGCAAUACGACUGGUUGUCGUGCUCAGAUGACUCCUCAAUCGUCAUGGCAUGUGCGAAAGCUCACUGGUCUCGGUACUACCAUCCGGGAGUACAUUGCGCUACAAAGCCUGCCCUACUAUGAGCUGGCCGAAGAUGUUCUGCGGGGCAGGCUUAAGCAAAAAGUUGCCGCUCGCUCAGAUACGGUGGAUGCGAUUGCACGGAAGCAUCAAGUCAACCAGCCGCAAGCAUUUGCAAUCGCUGCGGCUCUGGACGCUGAAGGGUUUACUCUCAUCCAAGGACCGCCAGGCACAGGCAAGACGAAGACAAUUAUUGGCCUCGUCGGUGCCUUUCUUGCGCGCCGCAAGCCCAGUGAUGGCCUGCCCUCGGAGAAGUUGCUCAUAUGUGCACCCAGCAAUGCUGCCAUUGACGAGAUCGCUGCCCGACUCAAGAACGGCGUGCGUGCGGAAGACAAUCGCAUGGUAGUACCAAAGAUUGUUCGUAUUGGCGCAGACUCUGCAAUUCAUGCUGCCGUGAAAGACCUGUUCAUCGACGAGCAAAUUGAUGCGCUGCUCAACGACGGCUCGCACGGGGAUGACAAAGCAGACGAAGCCCUCAGCGCGCUGCGACGGCAGAUGGAAGAACUGAAAGCCGAGCGAGCUCAGACUCAGGACAUGCUGGCGAGGCAGGGGCUAGACGAUCAGGAACGAGGAAGACUAGCAGAUGUGCGCAGAAUUCAAACGCGUGAGAUCUAUGAGCUUGGCCUCAGGCUAGAUGCCGAGAAGGACAAGACGGGCGACAGAAGACGGGCGCAGGAUACGCGUCGUUUUCAGAUGCGCAAUCAGGUUCUUUGCGAUUGUGACAUCAUCUGCGCGACGCUCUCCGGAAGUGGUCAUGAUUACAUGGCGCAACUGCCAUUUCAAUUCGAGACCGUCAUAAUCGAUGAAGCAGCGCAAUCGGUUGAGAUCAGUUCGCUCAUCCCGCUCCGAUACGGCGCAAAGCGUUGCAUCAUGGUCGGGGAUCCCCGUCAAUUGCCGCCCACAGUUCUGUCUACAGUUGCUAAAGACGCGAAUUAUGCGUCGAGUCUCUUCGUCCGCAUGCAGAAAAACCAUGCCGAUGGCGUGCAUUUGCUGAGCAUUCAAUAUCGUAUGCACCCAAGCAUCUCGGCAUGGCCGAGCGAAGUCUUUUACGGCGGCGAGCUGCGCGAUGGUCCUGGUAUUGCCGCUUUGACGGCGUCCUCGUGGCACCGCAAUCCCCUUUUGCCGCCGUACUCCUUCUUGCAUUGCUCUGGCGCACAGCAGACAGGCAGAAAUCAUUCAGUCUUUAACCCUGAAGAAGCGCGCGUAGGAGUAGCAAUAUUCAAGCAGUUUCUCAAAGAAGUUGGCGAUGCCAUCUCGGACAUCCGCGUUGGUGUCGUGACGAUGUACAAAGCACAGGUGUUCGAGCUGCGCAGGCUGUUCAAGCUCGCCUUUGGCGACGACAUCGUUCAUCGCCUCGACUUCAGCACCGUCGAUGGCUUUCAAGGCCAAGAGAAGGACGUCAUCAUAUUUAGCUGCGUGAGGUCAGGCCAAGGCUCGGACCCGAUCGGCUUUCUCCGCGACGCCCGGCGUAUGAAUGUUGCCUUGACGCGCGCAAAGUCCUCACUUUUCAUCCUAGGCCAUGCACCGACGCUCAGGACAGAUCCUACUUGGCGCCGUUUGAUCGAGAAUGCACAGGCCCGGGCUAUGUAUCGCGAGGUGACGGCUAACACCUUUACCAGCUCCGUCAUGAUGCCAGCCGUGUUGCCGACCUCGCCGAUCAAGGCCCGCUCUUCAAACAGUCAGAAGGGAGCGGCGCCGGCCCUGCCGCUUGUGAAGCCGAAAGACGAGCCAGCGGCAGUCAGGCCGAAUGGGCUCAGGAUGAGUCAAGACGGCUCGUCUGCUCCCGUGCGCAUUGUCAAGACUGAAUCGAGAUCAAAGCCGGAUCAACAGGCGAUUCUACCACCGGUGAUAACGACGGUAGUGACGACGAAGAAGCGGAUUCGCGAAAGCAUUGAUACUGCCCACGAUCAGUCUGGAUCCGCUUCGACGAUCAGUACGACUGCGAUCAUCGAUCUAGACGAUGUCGGUAGGCAGCCAAGCAACAAGGCUAUCGAGACUCGGCCCACCCAGACAACGAGCAAUGGCACAGAAGCAUCUGCGCCAAUGAAGGGAGAUUCGAAGCGACGAGCGCCGCCCCCGCCCCGCCCCGUCAAUCCUUUCAUCACAAAAAAGCGGCGAUUGCCUUGA